AUGAGUAGCCCAACCGCGACUACGGCGCAAGGAGAGCGAGCGCAGCAACUCUUGAUGAAUGGGGUUGCAGCUCCCCUCCGCGGAUCUCAUGAUAUUGAUGGUGAAGUGAGGGCCAAUCCGGACACGGUGGCUGCGGCUGAGACACGGGGUGUUGGUCAUCCUAUGGUGAGCCCAGCUGCGGAUGCUACGGCAGCCUUGAUAGGGGUUCGGGGCGAUGGCCCGAGAGCUCCGAAUUUGCAGACUGAUGCUGGCAGGUCAGGGCCUGUUGGUCCUGGGCACCCGCAAGGUGUCGUGGUUACGGAGGUAAGAAGUGAAGGAAGUCUUCAAGGCCAAGGGGCCGGGGGUGUAUUCUCUGGAGUUCUUCGUGCUGUUCAGACGCUUCCCGCCGCAGUGGAAGGUUUGGUGAGCAGGACGAGCUCCAAUAGGGGCAUUCCAGGAACCCCGGGACUUCGGGACAGCGUCGAGUAUGCUUCUGUGACUUCAGCUGCAGAGACUGGGCCGCAACCUCGAGCGGCGGUGACUAGACAGCCAGAAGCUCCGUUGUUUGAUGAUCACGCUCUGGAGAGAUUGCGCAGGAUGCAGGAAGGCGCUCCUUUACUGUAUCAGGGAGGAUUGCCAGCUUCUCCGAGCCCGCCGAGACCACCGUCGACGUCGUCUAGUGAUGUGCAGGCAGAAGUGCGUCGACAGCUCAUGGAACUCAUGGCCGUUCGCGAUGAGGAGAGUAGGAUCGUCGACGAUCCAAACGCCCGCGAGAGUAGUUACCCAGUAAGCCAGCGUGAUAUCUACAACCCGAACUCCCCGCUAGGACAUAGUCCAGAGAGCUCUCUGGCCUUCGCGGACUGGCUUCAUGCCACCAAGCCAGCGUUGGCUGACGUGUCGGACUCGUCAGAAGAACUGUGGCCGGAGCCAACUCCGGAGUUAGGCACCCUGAUGGAGCGUGAGUUGGGACUAAAGCAUAUUUCGGACCCACCGGCUGGCACGACCGUACAGGUCCGAGCUCUUACGAAGGCUACCAAGGUUGUGGUUUCUCAGAAUCCGGAAAUGGCAUUCCGCAUCAACCUGGCUAGGGCUGCACUUCAAGUUGACAUGACGCCUGAUGAUGAUAAGGUGAAGAAGUUGCAUGCCCAGAUGUUGAGUGAGUUAGAGGCCGUCCCAAAGGGUAACCCCAAGUCACCGCCGGUACCAAAGGUCCCAGCCACUGAGGCAGGUUCUUGCAGCAAGCCGUACCGCCGCCACCGCCGGGCGCAGCGCGAAGGCACAGCCUCCGAUACAGGGAACGCCGGUGACUUUGGAGAGACGGUAGUGAAUGCUGAACUGAAGGGCUGGGGGAACUCCCUUGAGUCACUAGCCGGGGAUCAGGACAAGUUGCGAGCCUUGGUUAAGGAUUGUGAGGUAAGGAUGUGUAAUUCACAGGCUGCUGCAAUGGCAAGUGCGGUUGCAUUACUGGACAGCGGGGCGACGCAUGCAGUGAUCCCGUAUGAUACGGGCCUUACCAAUUUAGAGCCAGUCCCGGUCACGCUGGCUGGGGAUGCGAGACAAGAAUGGCUGAAGACAGCCGGAGGGACCUUGGUGGUCCCACCUGAUCCAGGUUCAGGCCUCGACAAGAGCCCAGCACAGGUUAUUCUUCCGUUGGGAGCUUUGGUGGAAAGUCUGGGUUGCCAGAUCACCUGGAGCAAGGGAAAGGGCCUUAGGGUAAUCCAUCCCGUUCUUGGAAGGUUGGAUACAGGUGUAUCUAGGAACACUUGUCCGUAUGUCCAGGAGCAGCAGGCCCUUCAGCUUAUAUCAGAGUUGGAGGAAGUGCGACUACGGGACUUUAGGGACCAGAUCCAAACCCUGGAGUGUCAGCUCGAUGCCUAUGCGAAGCCACCAGACCCCACUGAGGCCCUACAGGCAUUCAUUAGGACCCGAACCCGGCGUGAGGCGUUGGCCGCUUUGAUAGCGCAACCGUACCUGCAGAGUGUUCCGGAUGAGGUUAAGGCUUUGUUGGCAGAGGAUAUCCCGGAAGGCACCUUGGAUGAUGGCAAGGCUGUGAGAAAGGACCUACCCUUGAAGAGGGCUGCUCGAAGAGAUCUGUUGGCCUCGGAUAAAUGGGUGGUACACCUUUGCUCCGGUAAGAAAAGACCCGGGGACCCCAUAGCUAAGUGGUGUCAAGAAAAGGGGAUGCCGUUGGUGCAUGCGGACGUUCUAGAGAAGGGAGGAAAGGGUUGGGACUUAACCAAGGCAAGGGGGACAUGGAGGGCACUGAUAUGGGCCGCCUCACUUGGUAAGAUCGCAGUGGUACUUUCUUCUCCUCCAAAGUACCGGGAAGGAGCCCGGCAAGUGUUGCACCUUCAGGACAUGUUCCUUUGGUCUUUGGCGUCGGUGGCGAGAGGGUCAGGCAUUCCAUAUCUUGCCGAACAUGCAGGGUUGCCUGAUCAUGUUGCUUCGUCCUUCAGAGAUUGGUCGGGGGUCACCAAGGUCAGGCUUAACCAGGGAGCGCUGGGGGACAGGUAUCUUCGACCGACGGAGGUAGACACGAAUUUGGACCUCAGGUUUCUUGAAGAGUUGGGUGUGCAAGGCGAGGAUCGCAUGGUCUCCUCUGAAGGGUCAAUUAAGGAUGAAGAAGCUGAAGCCUUGUUGAGGGCCUUCGAAGCAGAGAGUGUGGUAUCUUCUGAUGAUGAGGGAGACCCGCUUGAGAAUGUUGAGGGUUCCGAGGCACAGGUUCAGCGGGUGAAUGAUCCUUCGCCAGCAGAGGUUGAGCGCUGGAAGGCACAUUUGCAAAACGGCCACGUACCGUACAGGCGCGACUGCAGGCAAUGUAUCGAAGGAGCGGGCGUUGGGGUGCAGCAUCGCCGGGUGCGACAUCCGCAAAGCUACGCGCUCUCAGCCGACUUGUUUGGCCCAGUCCCUAGUGCGGAGCACGGCCGGGAUGAAACGUGCGUGUCUGGACGGCGUAAUCUUAAGUAUGCACUGGUUGGAGCCUUCAGGAUCCCAAGGUCUGCUGUUGAAGGUGAUACGAAAGAAGCAGGGGUUGAGGAUCUUUUCGAAAGGGCUAGAUCAGCAGAUCCCUUAGAAGAUGUGGGGUCGGAGUAUGCACCGUCAGAGCCCCCACCAGAGGUUUUAGAUGACUUUGAAGAUCUGAAUGCCCCUCUAAGGGUUCCUGGAACACGUGUUGAGCCUGAGGCUUCGCAAGAGGAGUUGUUGAAAGAACUCUUUGAGGUUCCAGAUGCGGACAGCUGCGCCAGAGCUCCUUAUCCGUUCAGUGUCGAAGCUGUGCAGGGCACCUUUCAGGAGGAGCAGAGCAUCCUCGUGGAAGAUGAUGUUCCUCAGGAUCCCCAGGCACUCAGGGAACUGAUCAAGGAUCUGAAGGAGCCCGUAGAGCAGGUUGUGUUGAGAUACGUUGUUCCUUUAAAGGGAAAGUCCGGACCUGAGGUUGCGGAAGGGAUUCAGAAAAUGAUUUUAUCCAUUAACGCAAGGUACCCAGUGAGGAUUUUGCACACUGACUUGGGAACUGAGUUUAUCUCGAGCCAAUUGUCCAAGUGGUUAGCGGGUCAGAGCAUCCGAAUGCAACACACCCUUCCUACCGAUAAGAAGGCAAACGGUCUCGCUGAGAGGUGGGUUGAGGCUCGGUAUGCUGCCCCGCAUAGCACAAUACCCGAUGGGCACGUGCUCAUCACUGAUCAGAGCGGGAGCUUGGAUCAGGAGGAGCUUGAGCAGCUUGAGGCUGAGAAUGGGGAAGGCCCUAGUCCGCUUCCUCCUGGUGCGAAAAGUCCGGACUGGGUCAUAGUGGGAUAUACACCGUUGGGCUCUGCUAAGUUGGCAGAUGAUGACUGGAAUGAGUUGCAGCGCUUGGAGACGCGGACUCUCCUCACCGAGAGCAAGGGGCCUUGGAGGAUGACGUACAGCCAGUUUGCAGAGCAUGAGUGGAAACGCCUGACGUUCAUGGGGGUGAAUGAGCCAGAAGAUCUGGCAUACUUGUUUGAGGAAGAUUUGAUUGAGAUAGCAAUUUAUCAUUUGACAGAGACGCCCCAAGCAGAUCCAACGGAAUCACCCAUGUCUCAGGACCAUUUGGAGAUGAUGUACUUGCAAUCCAUGUGGGAGGCGGAAGAAGAUACUCCUGUAGACAGCUGGCCGCCAGCAGCUUCCAGCACUGACUGCACAGGCUUAGGAGACCCAAGCAGAUCCGACGGAAUCACCCACAUCUCAGGCCACUGGACAGAGUGCGAUGACGGUGAGGUAGCAAGCCCACCGCGUGUGAGGCGUGUAGAUGAAGCAAUGUUCACUCCUGAUGUCGAAGGCCUACUCGAGAGGUUGGAAGGACCACUUGAGGUCGUGCACAAUGUUGCCCCCGCGGAGGUGAGAAGUCACCUAGAGAAGUGGCGACAAGCAGCGACCACUGAAGUGCAGUCUUUAGAGACAAUGGGCGCUAUACGGAGACUUAGGGGCCAAGAGGCCCGGGGAAUACUCCGGAGUGGAGACGUUGAGAUCAUUCCAGCAAAGGCUGUCUGCACGGUCAAGCCGGGCUCUCCCUUCAAGCGAAAGGUGCGUGUGGUUUCGUGCGGGAAUUUUGCAUCUACCACGGAGGAAACAUUACUCUAUGCGGGCGGAGCUGGAGCUGAGACACUGAGAGCUUUGCUGGCGCACAAUGGCAGAAGGGGUCGAAGGUGCCAUAGUUUGGACGUGAAGUCAGCGUUUCUACUGGCGCCCAUACCGGCGUAUGUGAAGAAGAGGUAUGCAGUACGGCCCCCGAAGCUGUUGACGGAGCUAGGCAUCUGCGCUGCUGAUGAGAUCUGGAUGAUUGAACGAGCUCUCUACGGCUUUCGAGAAUCGCCGCGCUGGUGGUCCGUGCAUCGAGACAGCGUACUAUCCACCGCAACGUGGAACACCGAGCGAGGGGCCUUGCGAUUGAGACAACUGGCCAGCGAUUCAAACGUCUGGUCGAUAGAGCUGGAGUCGGGAGAAUGUAUGGGACAUCUCCUGAUUUAUGUGGACGAUAUGCUGAUAAUGGCAGAUGACUGCAUUGCUGCAUCGUUCUUUGAGUGGAUAAGGGGUCGGUGGGAUUGCACCGACCUUCAGACAGCAAGCUGUGAUAAACCUCUGAGGUUUCUGGGAGUCGAUAUCUACGAGGAGAGGGACGAGCACGGCACCAUAGGGUUUAGCCUAGGUCAGGAGGGCUAUAUUGAUGAAUUAGCUCGAAGCCACAGUCUGAAGACAAAUCCACGUGCAACUACACCCAUCCCCAAGGAGUGGGUGCGUGACGCUCCUCCCUCGGAGGAUUAUUCUCCUGAACAGCUCCGUGAGGGGCAAAGAAUUACCGGCGAAUUGCUUUGGGUGGCACAGCGGACGAGGUUGGAUGUGGCGUAUAGCGUAGGGCUAAUGGCCAGUCUAGUGGCACGAUCUCCGCAGUACGUCGUGAAACUAGGCACACGGGUAUUGGAAUACCUGUGUAACACGAAAGGCCAUCGCCUCACGCUGGUUCCAGGCAAGGCCGAUGGAAUAAGGAUCUACACAGACGCGUCGUUUGCGCCUCAUGGAGAGCACUCCAUCACAGGGAACAGUGUUAGGAUAAGAGCGGGGUUCAUAAAGGACAUGCAGUCCAGGGGUGAAGCCACGGUCAGCCAUUGCCCGGGAGACCUACAACUCGCAGAUGCUCUCACGAAGGCAUUGCCGAAGGCCAGACACGAGCUUCUGGCUAAGCUUCUAGGUCUAGGCCCCCCGGGUAUGGUUGUAAAACGCCUACAAGCCACUGUAGUGACUGCCGAGGUUAGCCAAGUUAUGCCCAUCGAGGACGGGGGAACCCAGACUCUUGCAGGUGAUGCAGUCUCGGUAGAGACCAGAGCGGCAGUGCAGAGGGGGAUUGGCCUUUGGUUGUUUGCUUUAGCUCUUUAUUCCCAGUUGGAGCUUGGUGAGGCAGCUGAGGUAGAUGAGGAAGGUGCAGGUGAGCCAGUGAACUUAGAGCUGUCAAUGGUGUUGAUGUUGUUGGUGAUGUCAGUUUUGUUUAUUUGGGAGUCGGCAAAGCAUUGCGCGACCCAUUGCUGCCCUCGCCGGAGGGAUGAAGAGUGCCGG